AUGUUUUCCACUUUGACGGCAUUCCUACCAGAAGUCGAGAAGCUAAAAUGGCAAGAGUUGAAUUACCGAGAGGUCAUCAAAGCAAGACAGACAAAGAUCAACGCCGAACGAGAGGCGAUUCUCAACUUGGACAUCCUAAAGCGCAACGUUAUGGAGGGAAAUAAUCUCGAGAUAGGCGCCCUCCGUCCCUUGUAUAGUAACAUGAUCAAGCUCGCCUAUGGUCAUCUGGAUCCUGCCGACUUCGACCGCGCCCGUGUGAAUCUCGCCAACCUCGUCCGCAUCUAUACGGAUGCCGGCGAAGCCCUCGCGUAUCUUAUUAUGGCGGUUCUGGACGUCUCAGCACCCGGUAAUGAGGAGUAA